CUUUCUCUUUAGUUGUGCUUUGCUAACUUGUGUGUUAACUGAGGACAUUGACAUCUUUGAGAAAGACUUUGACAUAUUUCUAACUAUCAUAAUGGCCAUCUGUAUUUUGUGGAUGCUUUUCCAAAUGUAUUUCACCUGGAAGAACAAAAAUGCAGUUCUGUUUAAAGAUUGCCAGGCAGGUCCAAUAUGGAUGAGAGCGGGAAUCAUUCUCUUUGGUGUCGGUUCACUUAUUAUGAUUUCUUUUAAGAUUGCACACACGGCUGAGUACAAGGACUGUGCAACACCAAUAAAAAUUAUGCAACCUGUCACACAGGCUGUCUUUGUCAUUGUUCAGACAUGUUUUCUUUGGGUGUCCUGCAAACAUUGUGUCCAGAUCUAUUUGAAUGCUACCAGGUGUUUUCUGAUGGUGCUGUUGACAGUAAAUCUGACUAUCUGGAUUAUGCUGGUGACUGAAGAGUCCAGACAUCACACAACUGAACUACAGGAGUACUUUAACAUAAAUGAUUUGGAAACAAAUAGCAGUGAACAUCAAGAUGUGAAUAAAGAUGUGAAGAAUUGUUUUUGCGAGUUCAAAUGUGCAGUUAACGACAAAGUGUUUAUUUACUUGUACCCUUUUCAUAUUGAGUACAACCUCUUUGCUGCAGCAAUGAUUUAUAUCAUGUGGAAGAAUGUUGGACGCCAGAUUGAUGAAAAUGCUUCUUUCCACCAUGGACUGGGGCCAGGAGUCCGUCAACAUGUUCCGCUUCUGGGUCUUGUUUUUGGUUUGGCCAUUCUGAUUACAGGAAUAGUUAUGUUUAUCAUGUAUGAAGUGGGUAGAGAGAAUCCUCAAAAACACUGGCUACCUUUGACUACUUUCUACUUCUUUCAUUUAAUCAGCCUUGUUCUCAUGUGCUUGGCCAAUGUGGUGGGGAUUAUAAUUUUCAAGCUGGAUAAAAGAAACAUGGACAAUGAGAAAAACCCAACCCGGACCUUAGAUACAGUUCUGCUCCUGUUAGCAACAUUAGGCCAAUAUGGAAUUUCCUAUUAUUCUAUUAUAGCCAUGGUAUCCACAGUGCCCUUCAGCCUCUUGUGUGGUUUAACAUUUUCUUAUUCUUUACUAAUGAUUUUUCAACACUCCCUUCAAAAUGCUUUUAUAAUAGAAGGCUUGCACCGGCUGCCCCCCAUUAACUUACUUCAUGCUCAUCAGGGCAUAAGUCACCCUAGGCCUGUGGAACAACAUGAUUCUAUAAAACGUAGAAGUGUACCAGAGAAAGAAAGCAGAUUGUCCCUGGCAAGCCAUCCAGGAAAUUCAAGAAUGCAAAGAAGAGAAACUUUGACUCAGCAUAUUAAGAGCCAUCUUAAGAAAAGAAAAACAAUGAAGGACAUUUACUUGUUUCUCUUCCUCUGCAACCUUAUAUUCUGGAUUAUGCCAGCCUUCGGAGCUCGGAUCAGGUUUGACUCAGGACUGGAGGUGAAUUUUUAUGGUUUUUCUAUGUGGGCUAUUAUCACCAAUAUUUGCCUCCCCUUUGGAAUUUUUUACCGGAUGCAUGCUGCCGCCAGUCUGCUGGAACUAUAUAGCAUGUCCUAGAAUGUCUACAAUACUAUCUGCUCUCUAGAAUACA